AUGGCCGCACCCAAGAUGACCAUGGCUCUCGCCAGCCUCCUCCUCUCCGGCGCGUUUGCCCAUACUUCGCAGCCGGCUAGCCAGUCCAUCGUGUCCGUCGAGACUCAGCAGCUCGGCACCACCACUUCCAACGGCAUCCUCCUGUAUUCCGUGAACUAUUGCACUGUCUUCCAGACUACCGAGUGCGGUGUCGGUCUGGCUACCGCUACCGAGGCCGUUUCCGUUGCCGCUGAGUCCUCUGCCGGCUACUCUGCCCCCGUCGACUCGAUCACUCAGGCCGUGUCUUCGGCCACCUCUGCUGUCGAAGCGUCUACCGCCCCUGGUGAGCCCAAGCCUACCAUGGUCUGGUCGGAUGCUGCUACCGUUGUGUCUCAGCCUACUGCCACCGUCUAUUCCGUCACGGACAGCAUCGGCAGCUCUGCGGAGACCAACUCGGUCCUUGCCGCCACCGCCUCCGAGGCUACAUCCAGCGGUGCUCCUUCAGCCUCGGGCUCCGUCACGGCCAGUGAGCAGAGCAACGCGACUUCGAUCCUCACUCAUACCAGCGCUUCCGGCAGCAUGACGGCUCCCGCCGCUCCGGACCGCACCAACGCUGGCAUUGUCCUCGAGGCCUUCACCGGAGUGGCCUUUGGCACUGUCGCCAUGGUCAUGGCUCUGUUCAUGUAA